GCCUCCUCUAACACGUAUUCAACAACUCCUCCACCUGGUCCUGUUAUCAUACGUGAGAAUCCCAUCUCCUCUAUCACACCGCUCAUAACCUCCUCGACCGUUGUACCGCGCGCCAGGAACCAUUGGAACUCUAGGUCAUCAUCUGCAUCUGGUAUACGCAAAGAAGAGAGCGUAAGACAAAGGGAAGGAUGCAGUGAGACCAAACGGAUAGAUGGCCGGGCUAAUGAUGAUGAAGAGGGAGGAACUGCAAAACAACGCCCAAAGGGUGCAGAAUACUCGCAGACCACCAAAGUCAAGAGCAAGGAGCGCCACUCUCACCGCUUCAGUCUGUUUGAUGGAUGGGGGACGGUGUCUUCCCCUACGUAUAAUGGGAAUCCUCUAUCACACGCCCUUGCAGGCGACAGGAGCAGUAUCAAUGUAAGUGCUCCAGUGGCCAUGCUGAGUCCUCAAGAAACAGGACUCGGUAUUGGCUUAGACAAGUUACCAAACCUUUCCGAGGCGGAUAUUGUCCUUGAAUUGGAGAAGAUGAUGGAUGAGCUCGGCCUCAAAGACUCUCGAAGGGAAGCCAUGCGUAAAUUACCUUUAGAAAGGAAGCAGUAUUUAAUUCAUCAAAGCAAACAAACGCGACACGUAAUACAAGCUUUACCUUCAGCAGAUGGAUCCUUCGGUCCCAAGCAAAUAGCCAGUCCUAUUUCACCCCAAAUUACUGGAGGACUAAUGAAGCGCUUUUCUAUUUGGGGAUCUGCAGCGCCCUCUCCAACAACGUCAACCCCAACUCUGGUGCAGGAAUCUGUGGAACCUGUACCAGAAGCUCUACCUAUCGUACCGCAGACUACCGGGAGCUUAUGGGGGAAUUGGUGGUCAAGUGGACCUC